CGUCUCGGGAUGAGAGUGGAGAGUGGCGGAGAGGGGAAGAGAGGGGAAAGCUGUGAUGGAGAAGUGUCCAGGGCUAGGUUUGAAUUAAAAAAGGGUACCGGCCACCUUCAACCUCCACCGGAACACUCGACGAUGAGAGUUUCACCGAAAGGGGCACUUUGAGAUAUGAUGAGGUUUAUUUCCGGUCGGGAAUAGUAUGAUUUGGUAUGUGGCCACUUUGAUAGCAAGUGUAUUCAGCACCCGAGGAACGGCCGCUCAAGGUUCCCACGGUGUGCGAGAGGAGCCCCAAUUUGUGACAGCACGUGCAGGAGAGAACGUCAUCCUGGGAUGUGAUGUGUCCCAACCUUUAAACGGCCAACCCUACGUGGUGGAGUGGUUUAAGUAUGGAAUGCCAAUCCCCUUUUUCAUCAAUUUUCGAUUUUAUCCUCCUCAUGUGGACCCAGAGUAUGCCGGCCGGGCCACUCUAUACGGCAAGUCCUCCCUUCGGAUAGAAAAUGUUCGUUCCGAUGACCAGGGCUGGUACGAGUGUAAGGUGCUAAUGCUCGAGCAGCAGUAUAAUACUUUUUACAAUGGCAGUUGGGUGCAUCUAACCGUCAAUGCUCCUCCUACAUUCACAGAUACGCCACCUCAAUAUGUAGAGGCCAAAGAGGGAGGAAGCAUCGUUUUGAGCUGCAUUGCCUUUGGCAACCCUAAACCCUCGGUCAGCUGGUUGCGGGACGGCAACCUUCUGGUCACCAGUGCCAAGUAUAAGGUAUUUGAUGGGAGUUUGACUGUGCUAUCCAUCGCCCGAGAGGAUCGUGGUGCCUAUACUUGUCGAGCCUUUAGUCCCCAAGGAGAGGCUGUUCACACAACACGGCUGCUAGUUCAAGGCCCUCCAUUCAUUGUAUCACCACCAGACAACAUUACAGUGAACAUCUCGCAAGACGCCUUCUUCACAUGCCAGGCGGAGGCUUACCCCCGAAACUUGACCUAUACCUGGUUCUGGGAGGAAGACAAUGUCUUUUUUAAGAAUGACCUGAAGCGCAGAGUCAGUGUUUUGAUUGACGGAUCCCUUAUUAUCGCCCAAGUCAAGCCAGAGGAUGCCGGGAAAUAUACUUGUGCUCCUAGCAACAGCCUUGGCCUACCACCGACUGCCUCAGCCUACCUGACUGUGCAAUAUCCUGCCCGGGUUGUAAACAUGCCAUCUGUACUCUACGUGGCCAUUGGACUGCCGGGCUUUAUCCGAUGUCCUGUAGAUGCCAACCCGCCUGUAACUUUGGUUAGGUGGAAAAAAGAUGGUCUCCCACUUCGGAUAGAUAAGUACCCUGGUUGGAGCCAAAUGGACGAUGGGAGCAUCCGUGUGGCAGAGGUGACAGAGGACUCUCUCGGCACCUAUACCUGCAUGCCUUACAAUGCCCUGGGUUCCAUGGGUUGGUCCCCUCCUGCUCCCCUGGUGCUAAAGGACCCUCCCAAAUUCUCAGUGGUCCCUGGAGGGCAGUACAGACAGGAGGCUGGGAGAGAGCUGGUUAUUCCAUGUGAAGCAGAAGGAGACCCCUUUCCCAAUAUAACAUGGAGGAAGGUCGGAAAGCCCAGUAAAAGCAAGCACAACGUUCUGCCUCGAGGCAGUUUACAGUUUAAGUCACUUACAAAGGAAGACUAUGGGGAAUGGGAGUGUGUUGCCACCAACGUCGCUACAAGCAUCACUGCCAGCACGCAUGUCCAGGUCAUAGGCACAAGCCCCCACGCUCCUACCAGCGUCCAUGUGGUGGCAUCCUCCACAUGGGCCAAUGUAUCAUGGGAUGUGGGCUAUGACGGAGGCUUCCAGCAGACAUUCUCAGUCUGGUAUGGCCAUGUGCUAAAAAGGGAGCGUUUAGGUCCACAUGACUGGCUCUCAAUGCCUGUGCCAGGAGGCCAAGAGUGGAUGGUGGCGCCUGGCUUGGAGCCCGAGACAACAUACCAGUUCAGCGUCCUAGCCCAAAACAAGCUUGGCACAGGACCCUUCAGCGAGGUUGUCACUGUGAACACAUUAGUAUUUCCUAUAAGUACCCCUGAACCACUGGUGCUGCUUACCCCACCACGGUGCCUCACAGCCAAUCGCACGCAACAGGGAAUUCUGCUUACCUGGAUUCCGCCCGCCAAUCACACAGCACCAAUCCAGCAUUAUAUCAUGGAGUUUCGCCUCGGAGAACGAUGGGAGGUCCUGGACGACAGCAUCCCUUCAAGUGAGACAGAGAUGCUUGCUCGCGACCUCAUUCAGGAGUCCUGGAAUGAGUUCCGUGUCAUGGCCGUCAUGGAUGGCACGAUUAGUGAGCCGAGCAACGUAGUCGGUGUCUCCAAUACAGACUUCUUUCCACCUCCUGAGAUGGUUGAGGAAUCAGGGUUGGCACGACCAGUUGUGGCUGGCAUCGUGGCCACUAUCUGCUUCUUGGCUGCAGCCAUCCUUUUCAGUACAAUGGCAGCCUGCUUUGUCAAUAAGCAGAGGAAGCGAAAGCUAAAAAGGAAAAAAGAUCCCCCUCUUUCCAUUACGCACUUAAGAAAAAGUAUGGCAACACCGCAAUCUUCAGGAAAGACUAGUCCAGAGAGCAUUCGUUCAAAGACACCCUUAUCAGAAACAUCUGAGGAUAGCCCUGACCGACAUGAUAAGAAAACACCCCCAAGUCCAGGGAAGAAAGAGGAGUUGUCUCUAUACAAGAAGACUAAAAGAGCAAUAACAAGCAAGAGGUAUACUAUCUCAAAACCUGACGCUGAAGCGACACCACCAAUUGAACUCAUCAGCCGUGGCCCAGACGGGCGUUUUGUGAUUGAUCCUACCGAUGCGGAUUUUGCUGUCAAGCCCCGACGAAUUGAAGGGUUUCCCUUUGUGGAAGAAUCCGAUCUGUAUCCUGAAUUUCGCCAAUCAGAUGAAGAGAACGAGGAUCUUAGGCCUCUUCCGCCAGUUAUGGCUCCACUUCGGCCUCAUCAGAUUUCACCCAUCUCAAGUCAUGAGUCCUACCUCCAGCCUCCAGCCUACAGCCCUCGUUUCCAGAGGCCCUUCGAAGGUAUGACUAUUAUGGAGAGCAGUCGACUUCAGGCUACAGGGCAAAUUCGAGGCUCUCUCCAUCACAGGGCUUUCUAUGGCUACCUGGGUUCCCAUGGGGAUCAUGAUCCUCCUCCUCCUUUUUACAUGACAGAUACCAGUCCGCUUAGCUCCGUCAUGUCCUCCCCUCCAUACCUGACUGAAGGUCCUUUUGGUUACCCUAUGAUCCCAGAAGAAAUGGCAGAGAGUGAUUUCACGCAAUAUGCCGUUUCUGGCUUCCCCUAUCCUUUGACACUCACUUCUUCCUCCCGUUCACCAGAAUUUUGGCGGGGAAUGGAUUUUACAUUUUCAACUGUAGAGGGGCCCCAGUUAAUUUUUCCACCACACCACUCUUUGCAUCUCCGCCACGAUUCUCCCUAUCCACCCCCAGCCUCUGUUCUUCCCCUUAGUGCUUUUCAGACUUCCUCUCUCCCAAUGCCUACCUAUCCAUCUGUGCUGCCACUUGAAGCACCGCAGAGCUACUCUAGCAGGUCUCCCAGUAGGACCAGGCCUCAUGGUUCUCCAGCCAGGCAUAUAGCUUUGCAAGAGGCACAUUUAGGGCAGCUAAGACGUCCACAACACAGUGUGGGUGCUCCAGUUUUGCCUUACACUGAUCCAAUGGCCCAUAUUGGCCCUAGCACCCUCAGUAGCCUGGAUACCAGAUGGUUUGAAUCUACCCCCCAUUUUAGUCCAAGGCAGGCUCGUAGAAUGGACUCUGGUGUGCAUCAGGUGGUUCUCCAGCCCUCUCGACUUUCCCCUCUUACCCAAAGCCCCUUUAGUUCUCAGGAGGGUUCCCCUGAAAUUGUCGUACGUCCAAGGCCCCGUCCAAACAUUAUUCAAGCUCCAAAACCCCCAGAGAUGUCUGAGAUUACACUUCUACCGCCUUCCACAGCCACCUUCUCAAGGAGAUCUUCUCCUUCUUCCUCGCCUGCGCUAGGCCAGGGUAGCAGAAGAGCCAGUCCUAGCUAUCGUUCCCAUUUGGCUUUUGCUUCAUCUGCAACCAGCUAUCAAGCUUCCCAAUCUCCGUCACCAUCCGUGGAAAGCAUCAACAUGUUUGGCCAGAUACCGUCUCACAGGAGGACUGAAGAGGAAGUACUUCCAGCUGAGCCCUCUCCAUCCCAGUUGUCAGCUUCAGGAAAACGUCGAGGCGCGCCGAGUGUCCUUUCGGGGUCUGAGAGGUUUGAUGCUCUGAGAUACCAACGCAUUAGAAAGGCUAAGAAGAUGACAAUGAAUAACAAUAAUUCCAAGACUCGGAGGAAAGCAGGUGUCUCUGCCUCUCAGACCCAACAGGCUCACAUCACUCAGGUACUUCAGCCCGAAGAAGCGCUCUACCUCCACAGGAAGAAGAAACGGCUCCUUCUUCACGAUCCAUACACUCGCUUCUCUGCUCUGCUGUACCGACGUCCCCUUCGAGAAGACCAGAAGGCUAUUUUGGCUUGUAUGGACAACGUAGAACUAGACCACGCUACCUUCCUCUGAAAACCCACACAAAUCAAGAUCAUCACAAUAACUCUUUCCCUUUGUAAUCUAUUAUCUACUUAGGGGAGGAGCACUUCAUUAAGCGUUUCAAUUUGGUGCAACAUUUUGUUCAACCAGAGCUCAGUUCAACCAUUAAUGAUGGUUUUAUACAGUUAGUAUGACGUUUGAGAAUUUAAUCAUAUUAACAUUUAUUUCAACCUGAUGACAAUCCCUUCAAAAUAUGAAAAAAAAUGGGUUAUGACAUACUGUUUGUAUGUCUGGAAUUCAUUUGCUUACCUCUAUCUUCUCCCCAUUGACACAUUUAGUGUGUUUCUAAAUGUGUUUACAUUUCCAGCAAAUGAAACCAGAAUGAUAGCUGGCAGUUCUCCUCCAGUUUAAAAAGGCAUUUGGGCAGAUUGAUUGAUUAACAUUUUCUGUAAGAUCCAAAUUUUCCUCUAAUUUAGUUAGCCAAUUAGAACGCAUUUCAGGCUUACAUCAUGUUGCCUAAAUGAAAACAGCACCUUAGAAAGUAGUGCAGGUGUCUCUUGACAGCCACACAUUUUCUGUCAAACACCUCUUUCAUUUUAGUGAAAACCCUAAAACCUCAGAUCACAGGAGCUGGGACCACACAAGACCAACUCUACCUAAAUGAAUUCACUGCUGGCUUUCCUCACCAUUGUAAUUUAGGUUUAAUAUAUUCAUCGGAAAAAAAUCAGGCUAGGUGAGCUUGGAUAACAAGAAAUGAGUAGAUUAAGUCAAGGUCCAAAUCAAGGGCGUAGGUUUGCAUAGGGACGUUAGGGACAACACUACCAACUUUUCAGGAUGCUCAAAUUAUCCCCACCUACUUUUAAGCGACCUUAUUUGCAUUAUUUAAUGACUUCAGUUAUAUAUGUCAUUUAGAUUGUCUUCCUAUAUGUUAUAAGGAUAGAAUUGAUCCUACCAUUAUUAAGUGAAUUACAGUACUUUCAUUAUGUUCAGACUUACACUGACCCUUUUUCACUUGCUGAAUGUGCCAGUCCAUUUUUCCCUUGAAACGCAUGCUUGAUUGGCUGAUGACUUGAAACACACACGCCCAUUCACAGCCCGACAGAAAUACAACAAGCCGCCUCCCCUGCCCCCUUCAAAGACGAGGGAUAUUAGAAGUUUUUUUCCGCCAGCAGCAGCCACUGCUAGUAAUGUAAAAAGACGUCAAUGUUGUGGAGGUGGGGAACACGCCACUAAAAAUAAAAACAGCUAGCUGAAAAUAUGCUUAACAGACAUAUUUUAGCAAAAGGUUUGUAUAUUUAAUCUUAAAAGAAAAACUUGUUUGUCAGAAAUGUUCUUAAUUCAAGAAUAUUGUUCAAAGCAUUAUUGGAAUGAUUUUUUUUUUCUUGAUUUAGGUGAAAGAUGACCAACUUUUAAAUGUAUGGGCUCAAUACAAACAAAACAUAAUAUUUACUUAAAAUAAGUGGAAGAAUCUGACACAUUAAUCUGUUAAGUAGCCUUUAACACUUAAAAAAAAGAUUUUGACUAGAUUUUUAAAAAAUUAUUAGACUAAGACGUUAUAAAAUUUGCAGUGUGAAAGUAUACGUCAAUACAGAUUAAUUUUGCAUUAAUCAUUUAGCCUUUCAAUUAAUUAGGUUUAUAUUGGUGAGAAAUGUAGCCCUGACCCCCAUUCACCAAAUAUGUUUGGUCUUAUUAAUGUCCCGUCCCCAGCAAAAAGUGUACAUGCAGGUUAUGCUGUUAUAUCGUCCCUACCAAUAUUAAGACCAAACCUACGCCCUUGGUCCAAACGCUUUAAUUUCUCCCUUCUGAGACAUGCACUGGAGCAAAAUAUUCCCAUGCCCAUUCUUUUUUUUUUUUUUUUUUUUUUUUUUUUUUUUCUUGCAGAGGUGGGUAGAAUAGCCCAAAAUUUGCCCAGUGCACUCACUCACAGACUCAUUGCAAAUUCCUUCAACCCCUCGCAUUUCUGCAGAUAUUUAAGUCCGCCCGUCUCAUCAGACCAUAGGACAUGGUUCCAGUAAUCCAUGUGCUUUGUUGACAUGUCUUCAGCAAACUGUUUGCGGGCUUUCUUGUCUUCAGAAGAGGCUUCCUCCUGGGGUGACAGCCAGCACACCAAUUUGAUGUAGAGUGCGGCGUAUGGUCUGAGCACUAACAGGCUGACCCCCCCACCUCUUCAAUCUCUGCAGCAAUGUCCUGUAACGAGUCACAGGACAUUUUGAAGGGUAAAUGACAAGCAGUACUCAAUUUUGACAUUUACGGAUGUACUGUAUGUUUUUUCAAAGGGGUGCACUCACUUUUGUUGCCAUGGGUUUGGAUAUUAAUGGCUAUAUUUUGAGUUAUUUUGAGGGGGAAAUGAAUUAACUCUAUUAUAUAUGCUGCACACAGACUACUUUUAAUUGUGUCAAAGUUUCAUUUUGUCAGUGUUGUCCCAUGAAAAGAUAUACAUAAAUAUCUGCAGAAAUGCGAGGGGUGUACUCACUUUUGUGAUACACUGUACAUAUGGGCGUGCGUGUGCUGCGUGCACUCAGCACACGUGCAUGUUGAUUACAUAUGAGACUCCAGUAGCUUCCACAGAUGUUUACUGGCCAUCAACACGCCAUGGAAUUCAGAAGUUAAAAAAUUACUUACAAAAUAAGGAAAUAAAACCGUGAUUAUUGUUGCGACGUCUCAUUGGUGAAACUGGUAGAGCCACUGUAAAUGCAUAAAUAAAGUAAAAUUUAAUAUGUAGAAUAAAGAGGAAAAAUGUAACGACUCUCGUGUAGCCCAAAGUAGUGGAGUGGAGAAGUAUGUUUUUCUCCAAAAGUUACUCAAGUAAAUGUAACACGUUACUACCCACCUCUUUUUUUGUGUCUGGUUUUAUGCUACUGUCUCCUGUUAAUUUACUGCAGGUAGUCUAGAGAGCUCUAAAUCUGAAUCAAAUAUCAAUACAAAAACAUUUUAGUAAAGAAUAUAUACAGAUUUUGCGCUGGAUUUACCAACAUAGGAAAUAUACUGUAACUGAGAUUAAUAUUUAUCUCUGGUUGCCCAGAUUUCUAUCUAUUCAUUGACUUUGUCUAGUUAAGCUUGCAGGGAGCUGUUGCCUAUCCUACUAUCUGAACUGAGCUUGAGGGGAAAGGCAAUUUACACUUGGUCGCCAGUCAACCACAGUACAAACACAGAAUAAGACAACCUUUACACCGUCAUCUAGAAACCACUGAAGACUGAACGCACGUUGCCUGAACUUGAGUCAGACAAAUGAAUCACUGCACCAUGAGUGACAUCCUGCCUGCUUCACUUCCAAUGUAAUUUCUACUUAGCCAUUUUGCUUCUCGUAGUAUGAAUGUAUUUUUCAAUUUUGCUAGCCUUUCUAUGUGGUCUCAUGCUAAAAAUAAGAAUCAGAAGUCACUUAUCAAGAAAUAGGAUGCAAAAUUAGAGGCAGCUAUAUUUUCAGUCUUAUAGUGAUUUUGUUUCUUCCUCUUUUUCAUUUUGGAAGUCUUGUUUUGAUGUUUAAAUCUGAUCAUUCAGUAGACAAAGGAGAGAACACUUUAGUGAAGAUCAGGAAGAGUCAUUCUAUCGUGGGAUUUUGUUACCAUUCGUGUUUUUGUGUUACAGUUGAGCAUCUUCAUACACUUCUUAUUCCUUCAUCAGAUUUUUUAAAAGGUGCUCAGUAAAAAAAAAAAAAAAAAAAAA